CGAUGGGACAAGAUAGCUGAGUUCCCUUGGAUUCUUCAAUCAUGCUCUUCCGUCUUCCAUGCAGUAUCACCCCCGAGCCGUGAGGUUGUGGCUAGUUAAAAGUCUCCUGCCAUCCCGAUCUUCGAUUCCCUUCCCGUCCCUCGUCCUCUCGUUCCCCACACUAGCUCUUUGGCUUUCUCGGCUCUUCCUUGAUUUAUCCUGGGCCAUCUCCGUCACCUUCUGGAGCUCAGAAUUCGUCGAGCCUCUGCAAACCAAAAAACUCCGUGUAGUUGGAUCCUCUGGCGGAACAAAACCUCCUGAAGCUAUCCACCACAACUCAGCAUCGUCGUCAGCAUUACCGCCAACCUCCAGCUUUCCUGCAUCUCCUUCAGUCUUCGGCCUCAUCGUCGUCCACUUCAUCAUCUUCGUCGCCCUUCUCUGAACAUCGCCGUCCACUCUACCGGACGUCUGCUCCGUCGUGGACCCGUCGGGUCCGUCGCAUUCCACACGUGCGUUCAGUCGUCGACCGCCAGGGCUGCAGCUGGCCAACCCAUCCACACUUCCCAAUCCCACCCCUCCCUCGCUCGAGGUCGAGCUCCCCCCGUCUACCUAGCCGUUCACCCGGUCUCCAGUGUCGAGGGUGCAUCGCUGUUGCGACGUGGAACACCCUACCCCGGGGCGCCCAACUUAAAACGACAUUUGACGCCGCGAAGAAAAAGUCGAGGGACGCUGAUGACCAGACCCGAAACGCGAAACAUAUUCAGAUUAGAAAAUCAGGGGAAAUAAUCUGCAAUUCUAUUUCUUCAAAGAGUCGAAAAAAGACAGGUCCAACGGGAUUCUCAACAUCAGGUAGCACCACCGCCACAACCACCACGCAAGCCUCAAAAGGCCAACAAAAUCCAACCAAAGCUACGGACGGGCUACCCAAAGUACAAGCUACCUACCAUACGAAUACCUACCAGUCGCAGGGAGCGAAUAGCCGGUUCGAAUCAAGGUAGCUUCUCUGGCUAGCGGCAGCCUCUUUUCUACCUAUCUCUAGGCUCGAGGUCCCGUCUACCUUGCUCGCUGCAUCUCAUCUUGCAGCUGCCUCUCCAGGCUCUGUUUUGUCCAGCACUUAUCCAGCAAUACGAAGAGGUACACAUCGACUCUGAGUGUCUCUCCGGUUCCGUCUUGGUAGACGGCGUGCAUUAGCCUCGUUUUGCGCAGUCUCGACUUGUCGACGGUACGUCUCCGUGCGCUGCGUUAGUUCCCACUCGCAUUCGUCGCCUCAAGGCUCAAGGCUCAAGGCUUAGGAGUCCAGGGUACGUAGCUCGGUUUCCUCAUUACGUCAGUGACGUUCCUCGCCCGUUGGCAGUUGCUUCCCGUCCGUCCACCUUGUUGUUUUGUUCUUUCCUUUCCCGGCCAAGUUUAUCUCUCACCCUCAUCUCACUCUCACUUUCCUCCUUUCAUCUCACUCGUGGCCUCGAACAGUCGGUCAUCUAAGAGUAAGGGUGAGAGAGCUAGAGAAAAAGAGAGAGAGAACCUUAUGAGUGAGUGAAUGAGAGAAUAAGUGAGUGGGCUGGGCCGUUCCGCGAAUGGCGUCACCUUCAAAAAGUACGCUUGCUUCAUUGCAGUCCGUCUCCCCAGCCCAUCCAUGCCUCUAGUACACUUGAAGGAGACGGUUUUCAUCAUUUUAUCCUCACAAUUCCACUUCCCACGCUCUCCAGGCUCUUGCAGUUGCAAUCCAUCCCGAGAGCUUCCACACCCCUGGACCAUCCAACAGCCCAUCAUCAUCAAUCAGCCUUCACCCCAGUCGAGUCCGUCCAAUUCCCUCCGGGCCAAUCCCGCUGCUCCAUCCACAUUUUCACACUUGCAGCUCUCCCGGUCAGUGACAGUCCAGUCAAAUUUCAACAUCCACCACGCCCACACCACAUCCACUUCACCCUCACCUUAAACUCGCACUAAAGUACAAUCCCCGUCCUGUCCUGUCCCAUAUUAUCCCGUCCAAUCCCACCCUCUCAUCGUGACUUUUUUUUUUUGCCCAGGGUUGAGGGCGAGAGAAGGAAAAAGUUUGAGAAAAAAGACCGAGAGAGCGGCAUUCCCACCCCACUUUGGAAUAUUCUCGAGAAAACGUUGCAUGCCGAAACAUCGCGGAGAAGACAGAAGAAGGAGAAGAACACAAGACAAACGCUUCACGAUACUCUCUGUACAGACACAAACACUACUCCGUACCCGUCAUUCUAUCCUCACUUCUUCUGUUCCCACUGUUCCCUUUCCCCCCUCCACCCACCCCCGAUCGAUUCCUCGCAGCUGCAUCGCUCACUGGCCCAACCGUUUUCUGUGUUUUCCCUGACGCAUGCGCCUCCGCCCAGCCCAGUGUCAGCCAGUGCUAUUUUACAUUACGCAAGGCUCAGGCUCUGGCUGGUCCGGGGACAAGGACCAGCACUUGAUGAACCAAGAAAAUAAAAAAGCUCAAAGCUGACGGUACAUUUUGCGCAGCUCCCAGCAACACAGCAAGCAGCAGCCACAGCAACAACUACAACUGCACAGCUCCCGGCAGCUCUUUAUUUCCAAAUUCUCCCUUCGCCUCAUCUUCCAGUCCUUUACAUCCUCACUUUUCUUACCUGACCUAAAGGAAUCCUCACUCACAUUUCACCUACGGCUGUGUCUGAGACAAGCAUCAAUCCAAUCACCUCGCACUGCUCUCCCACAUUUCACCUCAGCCACAAACACACGCCCCUCCGUCUGUUCAUCGACCAUCCCGUCCUUUUGUAGGGGCUUUUCUCAGCAAGAGGUACUUUGCUACAAACGAACAACGUCACCUCGCCUUCGGUUCCUCUCCCUCGCCUUGACAACGGAGAAACCUCUCAACUCAACCCAGAACACAUUUACUUGAGCUUUUCAACCACACACCACUUCGACUCUUCCCACAUGUUCUGCCCUACGAAAAGCUGCUGAUAGCUACCCGUCUCCUCCGUCUCGACCUCCUCGUCAACUUUUACUCAACCUCCAUCCCUUGCCAUCACUCGGCGGCCUCUUCAAACCGGACCAUCUACCUCCCCGAGGCCUUUUCCCACUUUCACACGACACAGACGGCUAGUUACCAGCCAGAUUGCCCAACAUGACGGUAUUUAUCGCAUCAUUAUUUCUCCCUAAAACCGUCCACUUCGCCCUCCCUGGAACGCCUCAGCGUGGCGACCCUUUGCGCCGCGCCAAAAAGUCCGAAAACUCCCAGCGAACCGAAGGCGACAGCCAACCGAGUCUCUUCAACCCGAUCCGCGACAUUACACCUCCCAUCACCCCGACCGAAGACGUUGUCCCGAAAGAUCCCUUCACGAACGAGGACGGUUUCCGUAUAUUCCCCGACGAAGAGCGCAAGCGUGGUGCGCCAAUCGACAAAGGUUCUCCCAAGUGGGGUGCUAGAGCCACCCAGCCCAAGUCCCGCGCGAGCUCGCCCCCGCCUGCCUUCAUCGCCGAGCAUAGUCGCACCCUCGAGAAGGCCAGAGAACUUGGUCGUCAGGGCAUCACCCAGCCCAGGCCGCUCGUUAGACGCGACAGCCAUGACCGGGUCUUUUCCCACGCCAACUGGCGCGUUAUGAACGCCGACCAGGGCAACGGUGGUUUGCGCAACGCCGCCGAGGCCGCUGCCCGCGAUGGCAAGCUUGGAGAAUACACUUGGGUUGGCACCCUCGGCAUGCCCACCGACGCCCUCGAGGGCACCCAGCAGAAGCAGGACAUCGAGGACAGGCUCGCCACCGAGCACGACAUGCUGACCGUCUUCUGCUCCGACAAGGACUUUGACGGCCACUACUCGCACUUUUGCAAGCAGAUUCUCUGGCCCGUCUUCCACUACCAGAUCCCCGACAACCCCAAGAGCAAAGCCUUCGAGGAUCACUCAUGGAAGUACUACGUCAACGUCAACCAGGCCUUUGCCGACAAGAUUGUUAAGAACUGGAAGCGCGGCGACGUUAUCUGGGUGCACGACUACCACCUGCUGCUUGUUCCCGGCAUGGUGCGCAAGAAGCUGCCCGACGCCAAGAUUGGCUUCUUCCUGCACGUUGCCUUCCCCUCUUCCGAGGUUUUCAGAUGCUUGGCCGUGCGCAAGCAGCUUCUCGAGGGCAUGCUGGGUGCCAACCUCAUUGGCUUCCAGAUCCACGAGUACACCCGUCACUUCUUGCAGACCUGCAGCAGACUGCUGAGUGUCGAAGCAACUACUGACGGACUGCAGUUGGAGGACCGUUUUGUCGACGUGGUUAACUUGCCCAUCGGUAUUGAUCCUGUCAACCUUAGCGAACACCGCGGCGACAACGAUGUGAAGAGAUGGGUCGAGAUCAUGAAGGAGCGCUACCAGGGCAAGAAGCUCAUUGUAGCUCGCGACAAGCUCGACCACGUUCGCGGCGUUCGUCAGAAGCUUCUUUCCUACGAGCUGUUCCUGAACAAGAAUCCCGAAUGGCGCGACAAGAUUGUCCUUAUCCAAGUCGCCCUCUCCGGUAGCGAAAAGUCUGAUUUGGAUGCCACUGUUAGCGACAUUGUCACCCGAGUCAACUCUUCCUGGGCCAACCUGGCUUACCAACCCGUCGUCUACUUGAAGCAGGAUAUCGACUACCCCCAGUACCUUGCCCUAUUGACCAUGGCCGAUGCGCUGAUGAUCACGAGCCAGCGCGAGGGCAUGAACUUGACAUCGCACGAGUAUCUCUUCUGCCAAGAUGGCGAGGUCUUCUCCGAGAAGAAGCAUGGCUCACUAAUUCUGUCCGAAUUCACUGGUACCUCGUCGCUAUUUGGCGGCAACGAGCUUUCGGUCAACCCCUGGGACUACCGCCAAUGCGCCGACGCAAUCAAGACAGCACUCGAGAUGGGCGACGAAGAAAAGGAACGCCGCUGGACUGCGCUUUACUCGGCCGUCAUGCACCACACCGGAUCGCACUGGUUCAGCGAAUUCUUGUCCCGCCUCGAUCGCGUAUACGACGAGCAACACAAGCACGACCAGACUUCGGUCCCACGUCUCAACAUCAACACUCUGGCUCAGCGAUACUCUCGCAGCAAUCGACGCCUUUUUAUCCUCGACUAUGAAGGCACUUUGGUUAGUUGGGGCCCGAUGAACCAGAUCAUCCCUGUCAGCCCUCAGCGUACCCUGGAUGUCUUGAAUGAGCUUCUGCUCGACGAGCGCAAUACCGUCUACAUCAUGUCCGGUCGCCGCCCCGAAGAGCUCGACCGAUUGUUCCGCCGCGUACCCAACCUCGGUCUCAUUGCCGAGAACGGCUGCUUCCUCAAGGACUGCGGCAAGAACACCUGGCAGGAGAUGGCCGACAGAGAGCAGAUUUCCAGCUGGAAGGAGUCCGUCAAGUCCAUCAUGACUUACUUCCUCGAGCGUACCCCCGGUGCCGAAAUCGAAGAGCGACGCUGCAGCUUGAUCUUCCACUACAAGAGCGCCGAGGAUUACGAGUCCGCGGCCCGCCAGGCUGGAGAUUGUGCCAGUCAUGUCAACGAUGCAUGCGAGGCACAGCGUGUCCACGCCAUUCCUCUCGAUGGCUCCAUCGUCGUUGAGCCCAUUGACUGGACCAAGAGCACCGCGGCAGAAAAGAUCUUCGAUGAUCUCCGCGUCCACAUGGCCCCUGACUCGGAACACAAGAGCCCUGUUGACUUCCUCAUGGUCGUUGGUGACGGGCGUGAGGAUGAAAAGGUGUUCAAGUGGGCCAACGCUCUUGGAGAAGACAAGGUUGUCGAGGAUGUUGUUACUGUCAGCUUGCACAGCCGCAACACUGAGGCUGGUGCGACGUUGACACAAGGUGUGAGCGGUAAGUUGAUUGUCCCUAUGCCCAAUUUCGUACUCAAGUAUUAAUUGUGACUAGGUGUCUUGCUAGCUCUCCAGAAGCUUGCCACUACUCAGUAAAGGGAGCUCUUAAUCGGGCUAUGGUGAAGUCGAGCAAACGGCUCUACGCUGUGAACCCUGUGCUGCCAACGAUUGGGCGCACAACAUUUGAUCGUAAUUGACCUGGCCAUGCCACCAGGCGAAUGAUACCACAGUGGGAUAGCAUGGAGAGACGGAGUGCAAAGGCGUAUAAAACAGGAAGCUAGGAUUUCUUUUUUUUUUCUUUUGAACUCUUUCCUAUCGGCGAAGGAAAGGAUCACGAACAUGGCAUUUGGGAAACCAUGACGACUGCAUUGGCAUGCAUCAUACGCAUACGAGGGGCGACUCUCGCAAAGGAUUAUUUCCUAAUGUCUUUUUUUUUCUUUUACUCUUUUUUCCAGUUUCUGUUUCUUCUUCAGUACCACACACACCUCACGAGUUAACGCUUAGUUAUGUUCGCUGCCUGCGGAUUUUAACGUGAAGCUUGUGACGAUGCAGAUGACUGACCUUGAGACGUUUUACCAUUUUUUCCGAGUACACAACCCCCUACUCUGCUGUAUUAUCAAAUUCUUGUUGUUGCGUAUCGUGUGUAAUCGGGGGCUAAGGAUUGAGACGCAUCCCCCUAGGUACCGUUAGGAUACCUGUCUGUGUAUUUGUACGAAGUGGGACGAAGAAAGACGCAUGAAGAUUAGAAGGAACGCAGAGGUUUAGAUUGGGGCGUGGGUAGCAUCAUACCAACUAUCACGGCACCCUCACAUAUGGAUGAAUAACUAGCCUUGCCACCAAGUUACGUGACGUUUCUCAUGAGUGAUGCAAAUCAUGUGUAUCGCGACGAAUGAAUUCUUUCAUCGCCGCCCUUUACAGCUUUGCUAGCACGUUCCGAUGCCAAAGUCUCA